ACUUUGCAGGUAGUCACGACCGCGCCAUUCACCCAUUCACCCUCAACCCCGAAUGCGCUUGUCUCGGUAACACCCGCGCUCACACUUCUGUCUGCGCCCACUCGUAGGUGAGCCAAAACCCACCAUGGCGCCGAACAAACCGCCGCGAGACGCUUCCAUCGAGCGCACCUCUGAAUAUGAGGAAUUCAUGGACAAACUUGCGCAAUACCACGAAAAGCGAGGGACAAUCUUGGACCGAGAGCCCAAAGUCGGGCACCGGCAUAUCGACCUCCUGCGUCUGUACAAACGCGUCGUGGGCGAGGGCGGAUACGACAAGGUCUCGGAUACUAAAGGCAACAAGCUCGCCUGGAGGAGGCUGGCUGGCGAAUUCCUCCCUGGGAGCGCCAAUCUGACCACGCAGGCAUUCCUCGUGAAGAGUGCAUACUACAAGAACCUUGCCGCAUACGAAAUCACGCAUAUACACAAACGCGACCCUCCACCAAAGGAAAUUCUCGAGGAUGUCUCUGCAAAGGGAGGUGACCUACUGAGCCGAACCGCCGAAAACUUCUUCCGCCCCGCCAGCAGAGAGACCGAGAGAUUGAGGAACGGGGAAGACGACGACGAAUCUGAAGAAUCCGACGAGGACGGUGUUACGAGGAAGACUCCUAAAGACGACAAAAUGGACAUUGACGAGCCAGGAAGUAGCGGACGAGUGACAAGAGCUCUCCGUCACGCUCCUCCUCAACGCGUCCUUUUCCAGCCCGAAGUCACCACGCGACAGACUCGCCAGGCCACUGGCCACUUGAACUCUCCCCAGCCUGUCAAUGGCAUAUAUGGGACAAGCGGUGCAGCAAUGACAAUAGCGAACUAUGAGCCGCGGACCGCUGUUCCGUCUACCAUGAAGCCCGUCGCUACCCCCGCAAAUCAGCCAGAGCAUUACAGGAAUCUGCGUCUGAAAUAUAUCAAGAACAGGAAGAACAGGAUAGCACCCGUUCGGGGGAUGAUGCUACCUGGUACUGGCUUUCCAGGACCGAACAUCUACAUCCGUGCUCUCCACGCCCUCCGCUCGAAGGAACCGGAAGAGGAAGCAUAUGCGCUCCAUCACCUCGUCAAAAUCUCUCAUGAACGUGGGGACAAGUAUCGGUUCGACCAAUUUCCCGGGCUUGCCGAAGCUUUGAUCGCAAAGGUUAUUGAAUCUGCUUCUAUAUACUAUGACGUGAGGUGGGAGAUCGCCUACGUUGAAGAGGACAUGGAAAAACCCUAUGCUCUCAAUGGCCUGUCUGGAACCCCAGACCUGAUUCAACGGAUAGAGUCACUUCGGACUCUUGACAUUCAGGACGACCUAUUGCCUGAAGAUGUUACACAAUCUUUAGGCAUGGUAAAUGAGGCCGCUCUUAUCAUCCGAAACAUGGUUAUGCUUCACGAGAACGCUUAUUUCGUCUCCACGAUCCCUUCAGUUCGCGAUCUUAUGGUCAUUAUUCUCAAUUUACCGAAUCAUGCGACGGCAGUCGAACUGCAGCACUAUGCACUUGAGAUAGCAGAACAGCUGACCAAAUUUUGGACUCUCGAUGCCCAGGACCCGCUGUAUCACUCUCUACUAGCUCAGUUGGAUUCGGAAGACCGAGGAAAGAUCAUCACCUCAUUGAGAGCCCUUGGGCGAAUAGCCAUGAACCUCGAGGCGACGAACAAAUUGACCGAUGUACCACACAAGGUGCUGCGGUCAAUAUGCGACUGGCUGCUCGUAGAGGACGAGGAACUUCGGAAUGCGUGUCUUGAUUUUCUCUACCUAUUCACGGGUUUCGUAGAUAACGUCGAAAUCCUCGCCAACGAAGUCAACGUCGAAGCCCUUGUCAACCAACUCGUUCGGCUCCUACAAUACAACGCAAUCGCGUACGAAGAACGCCGAAGUAAUCCGAAGUCAUCGAAAUCAUCACAACUUGCUGAAACCCCACCGAAGCUCUCUUCUGCUAUUGUCGAACAGCUCGUGACGAUGGAGGAGCCGGAGCGCAGCGCGCAGUGGCUUCGGACGUGUUUUGAAGAGGAUCCGACUGGAGAAAUAACGCAGAUUUCGCUAUGGUCUGCCUAUAAUGCGGCAUUCCAGGACAUCAUGACUUCUGGUCACUCGUUCAAGGCCCUCAUGCCCGCAAAAGAUUUCAUCACCAAUGUGUCCACAACAUUCGCAGGCGCGUCUGCUCAGGUCCUGACUGUUGGAGGGCAACCCAAGUACACCAUUAGAGGCAUUCGACCACGCCUGACUCCGGUUGACCCUGCUACGAAGAAACAAUACAUGCGCUGCUGUUGGCAUCCUCCUGGGCUUUUGAACGGAUUCUCCGACACCAAACACUCGACUGCGAAGAUCGAAUGCGGCGAGUAUACCUCUGGUGCGAAAGCAAUGUGGGAGCAUGUUGUCUCCUCACAUUUACAAGUGCCUCGCGACGAGACUGGCAAGUGGCUUCUGGAGCAGAAACCAGAUAUCAGUAUGACAAAUGGUGACGCUGUUGGGCCCACCACGCCGACCAAAUAUUUCUGCCAUUGGGGGGGAUGCACACGAUUCAAUCCCUCUGGCUCAGAUUCCCCAUAUGAAGUUGGCCAGCAUAUCAAGACACAUCUCCCUGAUACCAGUUCCAUGCAUUCUCUUCAUGCCAAGCACAACCGUACCACCUCAAGCGCCACUCUACUCUCAACAUCUGCCCAGGUUCGCUCUGAAAACUUCCAGCCUCAGCCUCAAUUUGGUAUGCCGGUCGGACUUAGCGGCCUGGGAAUGGGUCGGUAUCAUGGCAACAGCAGUAAUGGAUACAAUCCCAGUAGUGUGGAUAGCCGCAAUGGGUAUUCAAAUGGUGAAAAGAGCGCGCCGCCAGCAUCGACAACACCCAACUUCCGCUAUUACAACACCGCUCAAGACGAACAAUCAGAUGCCGCCGGUCUCCCUCUUGCCUCGGUCCUAGUCCUCCGUAAUCUCGCGCGCCAACUUGGAAAAUUGGAUCCACCAAAGGCUCCUCUUAAUAUCCCUACCUCGCCCUCACAUAAACGUACAUACAGUGAGGCAGACCCCGAGCAGAGGCGUAAUACUGGCGCAAAAAAGCCUCGUCUCAGCGACGCCGCGAGGGUGGCCGCGCAGCGCGAGACCGAGGAAAUCGAGAAGGAAGAAAAAGAGGCAGGUACAACGGGCUGGGUUCCGAGAGUGUUUGCCCCUGUGAAAGAACAGCUGUGGUUCGUUAUGGCGCAUAACCUCACAUUGAGAAAUUACAUGGGCGGACUGUUCAAGGCUAUUGCUGCAGGAGGGGGAUAGUAAAAGUUGUUAUGCUUUGGCGCUAAGGAAUUAUGAAGGGCGUGGGUGAUGAGGGAGACUUGAUGGGGUUCUAGGGAGUUAUAUUAGGAUUCUGUGGCUGGUGCUUGCUGGUGGAGUUUUUCACUCAAGUUAUCCUCCUUAGAGAUAUCAGGAGGCAUAUAUUUUAUGGAGUCUUAAUUAGGUUCAUCUUCUUCCAGGGCCGAGAUACCUCUGGUGUGUCUGCAAUGGGGUAGGAUGGGAUUGUUUUAGUGGUUGUACUUAGGCUCUAGAGUUGGCUACUUACUCGAGUUGGAACGCCGAGGGCUACCGGUCGUAUGAUGAAUGGCA